CCGCCCCUCCCCGGUUCCUUGGCCUCGCGCCCGCCGCCGGCUCCCGGGCUGAGGUUGAGCGGGCCGCAGCCGCCCCGGCCGACGCGCACCCUCUACGUCCCUGCGCCCGCCUGGGUUCGGUGUGGACGUCGCAGGAAACGUUACUUAAUGAACAAUCCAUGCUUACAGAGUAAAGAUGGCAGGCUUCCUAGAUAACUUCCGGUGGCCAGAGUGUGAAUGUAUUGACUGGAGCGAGAGAAGAAAUACUGUGGCCUCGGUGGUUGCGGGCAUAUUGUUUUUUACAGGUUGGUGGAUAAUGAUCGACGCCGCGGUGGUCUAUCCGAAGCCCGAGCAGUUGAACCACGCUUUUCACACGUGUGGUGUGUUCUCCACACUGGCUUUCUUCAUGAUCAAUGCUGUGUCCAACGCGCAAGUGAGGGGCGACAGCUAUGAAAGCGGCUGUUUGGGAAGGACAGGUGCCCGAGUCUGGCUCUUCAUCGGUUUCAUGCUGAUGUUCGGGUCACUUAUUGCUUCCAUGUGGAUUCUUUUCGGUGCAUACGUUACUCAGAAUAUUGAUGUUUAUCCCGGACUAGCUGUGUUCUUUCAAAAUGCUCUUAUAUUUUUUAGCACUCUGAUCUACAAAUUUGGAAGAACCGAAGAGCUCUGGACUUGAGAUCGCCUCUCGGAUUGCACCCUCCUCCUGUUCUUUUCGUAGAUAACUUUAUCUCUGGUAUAAUUUACACAUCGCCAAAUGGAACAGACCGUGCAGGCACUCAGUGUUCUAUUUCCUCACAGUUUUAUGCCCUCAGUUCUGAAUUGCUUUUGCAAAAUGUCUAGGUUUUCCAUUGAUUGGACAAGUUAAUAUGUAUAUAAUACAUGACUACACAACACAUAACACAGGAUGCUGAAUGUCAGGUUUAUCCCCAAGACUCUAAGGUUGGUAUGUGUCCCAGGCCAGGGUUCUGUUGUCUUGGUGUUUAGAGGUAUUCCCUGUCGCAGUAUCUUUGAUGUUUAGAAAUGUGCAACAUAUACAGCUCCGUGACUCUAGAAGAAGCCCUGAGCUAUUAGAGAAGGUAUUUCUGCCAUUUGUAAUUUAUUUUGGCUUGGAAAUGAGAUUAUUUUUAAAGGAACAAAUGUUUGUGCGUAUGUAUUAAAGAACUUUUUAUAUGAAGAUUUUUAAAUCUUUAAAAGGACUAGUUUGAAAGCUCCCUUUAAAAAUCAUGUCUCUAACAUGACUUUUAUUUGAGAAGGGAUAACAGACUCAGAAAAACGCCAUUUUUUAGAGUGACUAAAAAAGACGUCAGGCAGCUGAGCAAUGUGCUUCCCACCUUACCAUGCAGCUUCCGUGCUCCCGGCUGUCUCAUGUGGCUCAACACCUUCCGCAUCACACACUCAAGCGAGUGACCCUGAGACAGAUGCGGUUCAGACGCAUGUCACAAGACGUGGAAUAAUUAGCUAAAGAUACAGACUUCUCCCCAAAGCCAGACGUUGGAUUCUUAGUCCUGAGUCCCUGUGCUCUAGCCCUCAGGCCCUGGGUGACCGGAUGCUGCACAAUGUAUGUGCGGUGUCCCGAGAGUUCACACUCCACUCCAGACGCCCCUCUCCACCUUUGAGUGUGUGCUCGCCCGUGCGUAUUUCUGUGGGCCUUUCCUUUGCUGUAAAGAUUCUGUGUUGCACUUUUAACCCGAGGGAUUUUUAUAUAGCCUUUUGCUGUCAAACGGUAAUAUCGACGGUAGCAUAUGCAACUUGUAAUGCAGGCCUUAGUUUCCUGAGCUUGCCUCCCCGAGAGGGAGGCCUCACUGAGCACAGCGUGUGAAGCAGCUGCGGAUUGCUGCGCCUUCAUCUAGAUGCGUCUCGCUUCGUUACAUUUCCCUCAAAAUGCCGGCUUUGUCUCUGGUAUAGAUAAAGACAGAGCCAAUCACACAUUUCUAUUCUUAGAAUCUAAUGCAAUAACUAUCCCUCUCACACAUACUGUACAGUUAGGUGUGCUGGGGAAAACAAACCAUGAAACCUGCUCUCUGUGCAUUCUUCGUUGUCCAAGUUAUCCUAUCCAAGAAGCGUUCAUAAACAAGGAGAAGACACAGACUAGAGCACGCCAGUGUGGAGGUCUAUGAAGGGCAGCCCGAGGACCAACUGACAAUGCUGGUGGCUUCUUUUCUGUUCAUGACUAGUCGUGAACUUGGGAGCAAGUCUGUUGAUUUUUCUGUUUGUUGUCUCAUUAGAUGGGAGCGAUGAUGUCAGCAUCCUCUCACGGGUAUUGUGAGUCAGUAGAGUCCUUGGUAACGUCUCCAAUGCACACGGUUCUCUUAAUAAAGGUCUCGCUUUACUUGUCACUCAA